GCAUGUAUACCUAGACGUUGUGAAGUCCCUGUUUUGCUGCUAGGGCCAAUCUCUUCCUUCACUCAACACUUUUAUAUGCCCACUAAUACAAACGAUGAUGAGAUGGAUCGUUUCACAGUCUCAAAGACUCGGGGCGUGAUGGAGACAUAUGGGUACCGCAUUUUCUUAGUCUUGCAUCCCAAUAGAAUGUAAGGAACGAUUGGCUGGACGCAAAUAAGUACGUGAGUCGCCUCAAGGGUUUCUCCACUUCGUAUGCUAUGACGAAAAGCCGCCAGGACAGACCGUAACCCGCUGCACUCCAGAUGCCUCCCCUUCCCCUCGACGAGCGCAUCGUGGUCGUUCAGUGCCCCAAGAGCUCGGCUCUGGACGUGGCCUCUCAGCAGUCCCACAGUGCCUCUGUCAGAAGCAACACAACACCUUUCAAACCCCAAUCCCAACCCCGUCACACCCGUCCCCAUAUUUCUUCCUCCUCUCCCUCCUCCUCCACCUCCUCCUCCUCAUCCUCCUCAGCACACACGCGAAGGUCCCCCCGGCCUCAGAAGCUCAAGGGGGGGAGGGCCGAAGGUGGCCCCCGCGCUCAGCACAGCGACGGAGUGCUGGUACUGGGGACUAGACAACGUAAGCAUACGCACACCGUAGACAUCAAGCUCUCUCUGGCUGCUGGGACGGGGGAAGCGAGCAGUAUCUCCAGGAAGGAGAAGGGGGGCAGUGUGAGGCGUAGCGGGAGUCUGAAGGGGAACAAGGAGAAGAAGGUAUCUUUGCACCUGGACUUAGGGCGGGGUGAAAAAAAAGGAGAAAACACAGGGAAAACGGGGGGGGCGGUUCAGCAGCUCCAGAGCCAGUCCCAGACCAAGAAGAAGAGUCAACCCAGCACUCACCACCGAAGCCAGCUGAAUCCUGGAGAGGGAAACGGAUUAUACUCCAAGUUUACUAAGGACCUAGAGCGAGACCCAGCUCCUCAGACACACCCUGAGACAGCCAGCUUCUCUUCCCGAGUACUGCAGGAGGUUCCAUCUGCAGGGAACAAAGAGAACUCCAAACUGAGACCAGUCCACCAACCUUCCAAUUCCUGUUGCCAGCCCCAGCCACACAAUUCAGUCCCAGUGCCUCAUGCUUCAGUGCUGAACACCCGAUAUACUGCCCUAGCCCUAGCCUCCCACUCCACGGCCCCACUCCACCACCAGUUCAGUCAGCCUCGUCCAUCCCGGACCAGGGAACGCCCCUUGCCGCACCUCCAUGCAAUCUCCAAAUCAUGUAGCUCUUCCAGGGGGGUUGGUUUCCCCGGCCCGGCUCCAACCUGCUGCCUUGACCCCUCCCAGCCUGUCAGUUGUGGAUGCUGCAAGCUUGUCCACUUCGGGCCUGGGGGUGCGUGGUCUUCUGGAUGCGAAGGUGGCGGUGGGGUGGUUGGGGGUUGCCGUGGCUCCAGAGUCAUGGGCCUGAAAUCUCUAGGAGGAUGCCUGUCUACCUCAUCUACCACCAACACCUCCUCGUCCAAUAGCACCGUGUCCGAUUGUCACAUUAGGCCCCUGAGGCACAUGGGAUGUAUGUCCUGCUCAGGCAGGGGGGGCAGCUUCCAGAGCCCCACUGCCUUUCGCAAAAAGCUUGUGGGAGGUUGCCUGCCGUGUGCGCCCCUCUCCACGUCCGCCCCGCUCCGCGUCUUACAAAACUGCGUCAGCGGCUGCCACCCAAAAAGCAGCCAGACAGGCAGCUCCACAUGCAGCUACUGUAGCAGUGACCCUAUUGUGGUCAGCUACAACCCCCUGAGGGGGAAGUUCGGCGGGCUGGGUCGGGGCGGAGGGGUGCGUACCGCUGGCUCGUUCUCGGCAGACGACGAUGAUUAUAGCGUGCGCACCAUCUGGCCAGAGGAGCUGGCGAAAAAGAUGACCCGCUCCAAAGACCAACAGAACCACCAAGCUGCUGAGAUGCCUGGUGACCUGUGUGGCAGCCAGAAGCAGAACGGCAGUGACGGGACCAGCCCUGUGGUUCUGGACUGCCGGAAUCUUCUAGAAUUCACCCGCUCUCAUCUGACAGACCAUGCGGGACGUCGCUGCCUGCAGCAAGGGAAGAUGGCAGUUCUGGACUUCAUUGGGUCAAGGGAUUCGAAGGACGUGGGUCGAGAUUCCCUGAAGAGGCUGUGGACCAAAGAGGGAGAGACUGAGAGUGGGUUUGUCCCUGAGAACCCCCUGACCCAGCCACUCUCCCCCUGUCCUCCCACAGCCCGCUCCCCACCCUCCAUUUCUCCUCCAUCUUCUGCCCACACCAGCCUCACCAAGCCCAGGCACAGGGAGGGCACAUACCCUGCAUCUCACACACUCCCAAUGGCCCAGCCUCUCCAGCUGGUCUUGAAAUCACUCAACAGAGAUCAAGAUGAGGAAAACAGGAAAGUGCAUGAAUCCAAUCCCCCCCUUUCACUCCCCCUUUCCUCCUUCCUGCCUGGCUCCCUGUCUGCCGAGGAGGGUGAGAUCACCCCCGAUGUGGAGAAUGCACCCCUUAGUCCCAUACUCCCCUGCCUGUUCCUCGGGAAUGAGAGGGACGCCCAGGACCUCGACCUGCUGCUGCGGCUGAACAUUGGCUUUGUGGUGAACGUCACCACCCACCUGCCCCUCUACCACCGGGACUCGGGCCUGAUCCACUACAAGCGGCUGCCCGCCACAGACAGCAGCAAGCAGAACCUCCGGCAGUAUUUCGAGGAGGUCUUCGAGUUCAUCGAGGAGGCACAGCAGAGUGGACGAGCAGUGCUGGUACAUUGCCAAGCUGGGGUCUCUCGCUCGGCCACCGUCGUCAUCGCCUACCUGAUGAAGCACACCCUCAUGACAAUGACAGACGCCUACAAGUAUGUGAAGAGCCGGAGGCCGGUGGUCUCGCCCAACCUCAACUUCAUGGGCCAGCUGCUGGAAUUUGAAAGAGAUCUCAACUCAGGCGUCACCCCACGCAUCCUCACGCCCAAACUCAGCGGCCUGGAGACCCAGGUCUGAGGGGAGUGGGCGAGUGAGUGAGGGAGGGAGAAGAUGGAGGGAUAGGCUCACAAAAGAAGGAGAGGAGGGAAGAACAAGAAUGCUACAUGGGAGGGAGGAAGAGAGAGAGAGAGAGAGAGAGAGAGACAAUUACUAAGAUGUGCAUAUAUGGAGAGAGGGAGAUUAAGAUGAUUAUAAUGAAUGUAGGGGGAAGAGGUGGAACAUAGAGAUAUGUGGGCAAUACUGACAGCAUCAUCUAGUAAAGUUAUUAAAAUCUUCUUUUGAAGUUUAUAUAACUGCUGCUACCUUUUCGAAUGAACAUAAAAUAUGAUAUUUUGGGUGGACUUUGAUAAUUGGCCUUUACCUUUUCUUCACUUCAGUUAUUUUUUUGUGGUCCACAAGAAAUAUUUUUCUAUUACUGGGAUUUAUUUUUUUGAAGAUGUGUAAUAAAUCGCUAUUAAUAAUUCUAUAAAUUAGAAUGGGGUUAAAUGGAGCCAGUAUGGAAUCCCAGGACAAUAGAUUAAAGUUUUACCAGAUUAAAUUAUAAUUAAAUGAGUGAAAAUAGAGCACAGGGAAGUUGGAGAAUAGUUCAGUGGCCAAACUGAUACUCUGGUGGAUCUAACAGGCCUCAAGUGAAGGUGUGAAUGUGGAUGGAAGCAGAACGAAAAGGAAAUGUGUAAACCACGUGGACAGUUUAAGAUUUUUUGCGCUUUCAGUCCUUCGAUACAUCUUCCAAAAAUAUACAGUUCUCAGCGGUGGUGGGCACAGCUAACCGAAAAGUUAAUUUCUAUAGCCGCUAAUCCAUUAACUCCGAAGUUUUAUUUAAUAACGCUAAACUGAUUAACGAACGGCUAAAAAAACAGCAGAAGCUCACGAUAAAAGCGAACUGGUCACUCUAUUAAUUUUGCUUCAGUUUGGUUUUGUGCUCUGAAACUCUUAAAAUAUACCUAGAGAGCUGAAAUUCUAACCCGUUUAGCAAUUAAGUUCUGUAUGGCUGGAGUGAUUACCUGGGGGUAUUUAGGAUCGGGGAUCGCUAGAUUCUGUAGAGUCUCCAAAAUAGAUGUUCUUUUUUUUCUAUAAGCAUUAUCGUUGGAGUCCUACUCCGUGACUGGCCCAUGCUGACAUUUUGCCCUCAGUGAAGCCACUUAGGGACUAUAAGUGUGGCGCGGUUUACUGAGAACUGGGAAGGCGGGUCUCAGGGCUUCAUCGGCCUAUAGCUCUGUCAAUCAGAGCCCGGAAAAUAUAGGAAAACAAUCCGGAGCUGAAUCGGGAUUUCAUAUGUAGCUGGACAACUUGUCCUAUUUAAGGUAUUCUGGGCUAAAUGCAAGUAAACGUAGAUAGUCCAUUUAAACCGGAGUACCUGAAGUCCAACAAGUUGUACAGGAAAUCCAGCUUUGUGAUACAGGCUCCAGUUCUCUGCUUGGUUCAGGGUGCCCCAGUUUAAAUGGACAUUGUCUUCCUUCACUUACAUUUAGCCUCAACUACCUUAAAUCCAACAAGUUAUAGACCAGUCACAUCUUGUGUUUGCAUAUGUAGUCAGCCAACAUUCUGGCGGAUGGACUGUUGCAGACGCGCUGAUAACAGAUUGGAACGAAUUUGUGUGAUUUUAAUGUAUAUCUUUGACCAUUAAACUGUAUUUACUUUACCUUUGAAAAAAUGUUAGCGGAAGCUACUUGAUCCACUAAUGGUUUUCAAAGUAAAAAAGCGAAGCUUCGCUAAUUAGUUGUCAGUAAACUAGCAGAACCCUCCCCACCGCUGGUUCUCAGUGUUAAUAUGUAAUCAUUUCAUUAACAAAUGCAUUUGUUAUUUUUAAAAAUGUAUUUAAUGAUUCAUUCAGCUGAAUAUUUGAUAAGGCUUUAUAUUAACUGCACUCAUAAGGCUUUUAUAAUGCAUUCACAAAACAUUCAUUGCACCUUCAUAAUGCAUUUGUCAUGCAUUCAUAGAGCAUUCAUAAGUGUCACGAUUACGGACCGGGCCAGCGGGGCCGCUGCCCAGGGGCCCUUGGGGUGCAGGGGGCCCGUGGGGCCCCUAGCCCAAAACAAUUUGCAACGCUUAUCGACAAUGUAUUUUCGUUGGUCUAUUUUAGAGGGCCUACACUCUUUGAUCCUCUGCCUACAAGGGCCCCUGACCCUAUAGGGAGGGCGUUUGGCUGCCAAGGGCCCUUGAAUUGUGGUGGUUGUGGUGGUGGUGCUGGUGUUGGUGGGGUGCCCUCACGAACGUUUUACCCAGGGGCCCACACAACCCAUAAUCCGUCCCUGACACUAUAUGUACAAAAGUAUUGGGACACCUGGCCAUUACACCCACAGGAACCUUUAUGACGUCACAUUCUAAAUCCAUAGGCAUCAGUGUGGAGUUGGUCCCCCCUUUGCAGCUAUAACAGCGAGUGUGUAUUUGGGAAUUUUUGCCCAUUCAUUCAGAAGGGCUUUUGUGAGGUCAGGCACUGAUGUUGGACUUGAAAGCCUAGCCUGCAGUCUCCAUUCUAGUGAUUCCCAAAGGUGUUUGGUAGGGUUGGGGUCAGAACUUUGUGCAGGCCAGUCAAGUUCUUCCACACCAAAUUCACCUGACCAUGUCUUCAUGGACCUUGCUUUGUGCACUGGAGCACAGUCGCCUAGGCAGGUAAUGUUCUCCUGGCAUCCGCCAAACCCAGACUUGUCCAUCAGACUGCCAGACAGAGAAGUGUGAUUCUUCACUCCACAGAACACAUUUCCGCUGCUCCAGAGUCCAGUGGUGACAUGCUGUACACCGCUCCAUCUGACGCUUGCCAUUGCGCUUGGUGAUGUGAGGCUUGCAUGCAGCUGCUCAGCCAUGGAGGCCCAUUCCAUGAAGCUCUCAGCCCACAGUUUUUAUGCUGGGGUUAAUGCCGGAGGGAGUUUGGAGCUCUGCAGUUACUGAGUCAGCAGAGUGCUGGUGACUUUACACACCAUGCAGCUCAGCUCUCGGCGACCCGCUCUGUACUUUACCUGGUCUGCUGGGUUUCUGUUGUUCCUAAAUGCUUCCACUUUGCAGUAAUACCACAUCCAGUUGAUUGUGGAAUAUCUAGAAAGGAAUCAUUUUCACGAACUGUCUUAUUGCAAAGGUGACAUAAUAUGACAGCGCCAUGCUUGAAUUCACUGAGCUCUUCAGUGUGACCCAUUCUUUCACAAAUGUCUGUGAACCUCACUGCAUGGCUAGAUGCUUGAUUUUAUACACCUGUGGCAAUGGGUCUGAAUGAAACCCCUGAAUUCAAUGAUUAAGGAGUGUAUCCCAAUGCUUUUGUCCAUAUCGUAUACCUUAGCAACCGUAAUAUACAUUAAUAACAAACAAUAUAUGAUCAUACGAUUAUAAUGUUUGUUAUGAAUGAACAUGAUGUUGUGGUAUACUUACAUUCAGCUUGGUCUAUGACGAAGGUGUACCGGAUUAUUUUACGAAUGCAUUGUAAAAGCCUUAUGCAGAUACAGUCAAUGUAAAGCAUGAAUAAAUAUUUAUUUGACUGUCCAUUCAGUAGAAGUAUGUUUUCUCGAACUCUCUAGGAUUAAAUAUAUAUAUAAUAAAAAUCAAGGUGAGAGGGUCUGGAGGACACAAAAUUCCAGUUGAUAUUUCAGUGGAGACCUGGAACUGUGAACAUUCCAGCUGGAAUGAUUUAAAGAGAAAGAAAACGACGAGGACAAACUGCAAAAUCAUUCUGAAGUACAUUCUAACUUUUUCUUAUUGUGAACUGUGCUACUGAAUCUGUCAGAUGCCUUUCACAGUGUUUUCCUGUUUAUCCCACUAGUCAUUUUCCUACAUUUUAUCUGUGCAUCUGGUCAUAUCGUAUGAUACAUGAAUCCAGUCCAUGUCUUUGACCGUGACAGACGUCACUUUAUCCUUUUUGACAGAGAUUUUAUGGGGAGUUAAUGCAGACGCACCUUUUCAUCUUUCUUCAGCUGUCAUUUCUUCAACUCACCUCUCUAGAGUGGUUCUUCCAUUCUGACGUUUGCUGACUAAUACCAAGCAUUCUUGCAUUCUGGUACUUUGAAUGAAUCUGUUAAGGAAGCUUUAUUGUGAAUUUCACUGUGACUAACCAGGUAUUGUGUAUUUCCCCAUUUUUCUGAAGCCGGGAAACAAUGUGUUCAUUAGUGUCACAUCACUGUAUUACAGCAGCACCAGCUGCUCAAUCUGAUGUAAAUAUGUGUUUUUUUUCUGUUCCCUAGUUACAGUAAUUCAUUCAGGUGUCACAUUUCAUCACUAUGCAGACAAGGGGAGGGGCAGACACACCAGAUGGAGAGGAAAAGUUAUUUUUUUAAUACCUUGGCUUCAAGGAUUCCGGAGAUUGUUUGUCACAGCCAGGGUAUGCAGUCAGACUACAGCCUGCAGUGAAAUGCAAGGUGGUCAACUCUGCCGCAACAAAGAGUGAAAGCAAAAUAAAAACAUUCAACAUAAUAAAAUAUAUAUGACACAUAAAUAAGGAGAGUUGUACUGCAAAAAUAAAAGAGCUGAGUUGUGCAACACAGAUCAAAUAAAGUAUGAAGUGAAGUGACCUAGACUCUAAUUAGUUGUUAUAUUGGUCAUUAAACAGUGGUACCUCGGCAUACAUCCUUAAUCCGUUACAGAUCCUUGGAUUUAUACCAAACAGGACAUACACCAAACAGGAUGUAUACCAAACAGAACGUACACCAAACAGGACGUAUACCCAACAAAUUUUUCCCAUAAGAAAUAAAGGGAAAAUGAUUAAUCUGUUCACAUGAAAAAAAUCACAUUGUUAACUGCAUAUUAUACAUUGAUGGGGUUGUAUAUAUAUAUAUACAUACAUAUACAUAUAGACACACAUAAUUUAAACACUGCUUAAUACUACUAUACAUAAAUAUAAAAGCAAUUAGAUUAAAUACAUGAAAAGAUAGUUAUAGCGCGGGUUGUUCACUGAAUGAUAGUAACUGGCGUACUGACGCUCGUGAGCAGUCAUGGCUUCGAGAGAAGUAAAGCAGAAGUUGUGUACCAAGCAAAGUUUUUCGCGUCCAAAUAGGACGUAUACCAAGUUGGACCAAACUGGACGUUUACCAAGGUACCACUGUAUUUUGAUUUUAUUUAGUUCGGACACGGAGGAGCAAUAAUGAGGGCAUUAAUAUCUGCGGACGCCUCCAGUAUGCUGUAUAUAACACUUAUAACCUUGUGUAAUGUGACUGCUAGUGCAAGGAGACUUUUUUACUAGGUCUAGGCUGGUAAAAUAGUAUCUUUAUGUCAUAGGUAAAGUGGACCCCUGAUUGUCAAGGGACAAGGAUGCUGUACAGCAGAAGGUAACCAAUAUGUGUGAUGCUUACAUUGUAACAUUUUUGCACUUAAGCAAAAUCUAAUUUGGGGUAAAGUUAGGGCACUUCCAAGGGGCGCUAAGUGACGGGGGCCCUGAAUAACUGCGGACGUAAUAGGACUGGUUUUAGUUGGGUUAGCUGCUCUUGUGCUUGUUCUUAAUACCUGGCUAUGCUUUGAGGGGCAUCAGAGCUGUGAAAAUUACAUAUCUGGCAAAUGUCUGGAAAUGAUCUCAAAAUCUCCUUUCUCAAAUGUUUCCAAAGUGGAGGUGAAAUGGUAGCUAUAAAAUAAAGCAUUUAGUAUCGAUGACAGAACAUACGGAAUAUUCUGGCUAGUCACAUUUAAGUGUCUUCCAAAAAAUAUAGCGUACACUUAAAAUAUAAAUAUAUAAUUUAUAUAUGCAGUAGUAGGUGCCAGUUAUUGCUUUUGAAUGGUACUAAGCUUUAAUAUUUGAUUACUGAAUAAUAAUGAUUACUGACAAUUAUUUUCUGAUUCGUUCAUUUAUGUUGGGAAACAUGACUCGUGUAAAAUACCUGAAAUACCUGUCAAGGUCUUUGAAUCUUCAGUCCAUUAAACAAAAACACUCUCAGCGGUCCCAGCUGGUUUUCCUAGUCCUUUGUUAGCCUUUGCCUAGUUUUUUGCCAAUGCUGUGUUCAUAAACAUGUGUGGAAUUGCCUGUUCAGUACUGGUGUCUGCAUUCCUGUCAGUUCUAAUCACUUGACUGCCUAGUUAGCCUGGAAAACUAUGCGUUCACAUCAAUUGCCAAAACGUCCAAUAGAUAACAACAGAGAGCUGAUGAACCUAACUCACCGUAGCUGUCAAAUGAAAAAAUAAAGCCACCUUAGCACAAACAAUGUAAAAAUUGAUAAUAUAGAGACUAGAAAGUUACAUCUGAGUGCUUUCAACUUCUGCAAAGAAGAAUGAAUCAGAUGGAAAAUGAAUAUCAUGUGUACUAUUUUCUUUGAAAGCUUGUAACAAAUGUCAACUGAUUUGUGUAUGUUUAUAAUGAUACAUACAAUUGCUGUUUGAUUUUUGAUAUCCCAUUGGUGGUGCCAAAUCUCUAAGUGUAUUGAAUAGAAGUAGGAGAAUUGCAUAAAGGACGGAUGAUACUGUGAUAGCUUGUGGCCCCACUGUGCUCUGUCUGUCUCAGCUUUUUCCUAUUAUUGGUGUAGUGUGGUACUGUAGCUACAACAUUACAUGAAUGCUGAUUUAGCUGAGUCAAUUGUCAAGACGUCAGAGCAUUGAAUCCAUGUAACCCGUCAGCUUGGGCUCACAGCGCAUCCAGCGUGCCUGUGUGUAGUGCAGUUGCUGUUUGACCGUCGCACUUCUGUUUGAUGUUCGUAGUAAAACUCAGUGACUGGGCACUAACCCCACAUGCCUGUGUGCACUUGCAUUAUGCACUCAAAGUAUAUUUAAGUGUUUUUGUCUACCUGAGAUGGGUGGUGGUCGUCUUUGUGUGUGAGAGCCUAAGUAACCAGCCCUAAACAUAACUGUGUGAGAGACUGGAGAUAUUGCUGUGAAUUAAGAAGUAUGACACUAACGAUAAUGAAGAAAAUCCUGUAUUAAUACCACUGUACUUGCUGAACCUAAAACAACCUCUUCAAAUCAAAAAGUUGGAUGAAGUUUAACUUGUCUUCCCUGUGAUGUUUCUGGGAAA